ACGACCACCUCCACGACACAGCACAUGUAAAGGAAGCGGAAAGUUCACAGAACGUCUUCUUCACAGCAGCCCACCGCAUGAAGCACUGCCUAAAUCGCCGCAGCCCCGCGCGUCCCCCGGAGGCGAUGCUGGAGUUUGGAGAGACGCCCCGACGGCGCUGAGCGCAGCCACCAUGCCGCGCGCAGCCUCUAAACAGCGACCAGGUCGUUCCAUUUGGUGCUAAAAAAACAAAACUCGCCGUUCUUCGACGCUUCUCGCCGAGAACAUGGAGUACUGGAGGCAAUGUGCAAUGUGGCUGAUCAGCUGCAAAGUGCUGCCCGCCAACCACCGGGUGACGGCCGACACGGCGCAGGUGUUCGAUCUGGCGCAAACCCUGCGGGACGGGGUGCUGCUCUGCCAACUGCUCAACAACCUGAGACCUCACACCAUCAACCUGAAGGAGAUCAAUCUGAGGCCGCAGAUGUCACAGUUCCUGUGCUUGAAGAACAUCCGUACAUUCCUGACUUGUUGCUGCAAUGUAUUUGGGAUGAAGAGAAAUGACUUAUUUGAAGCCUUCGACCUCUUUGAUGUUCGAGACUUUGUGAAGGUUGUGGACACACUAUCCAAGCUGUCCUACACGGCAAUUGCACAGCAAGGUGUAAUCAAGCCAUUUCCAACGGAGGAAAGCCUCAAAGACGAGGACAUUUACAAUAAUCUGGAAGACUUGAUUGACGAGAAUGCCCCCGAUGAUGAGGACGGCCUGUAUGCAGAGGUCUACGGGGUGGAAGAAGACUAUGCAGGCGGAGAGAUCUAUGAAGACCUCAUGAGGAAUGAGCAGCAUCCCCUCUUGAAGCAGACCGAGGUGGAUGUGCGGAGCUGCUGCCUCACAGAGAUCAAACAGACGGAGGAGAAAUACACGGAGACCCUGGAGUCCAUCGAGAAGUAUUUCCUGAACCCUCUCAGGAAUUUCUUCUCUGCGGCUGAAAUCGACAAAGUCUUUGUCAACAUUCCAGUAAGUCCUACAAUUCACAAGAGCCUGAUGGGUGACGUGCAGGACUCCAUCUUAUACAAAAAUGCCUUAAAUCUCUACCAGAUUUUCAUCAGCUACAAAGAGAGGCUGCUCAUCUACGGGACUUACUGCAGUCAGGUGGAGAUCGCCAUUGCUGUGCUAGACCUCAUUUCCAAAGAGAAAGAGGAUGUCCGUCUGAAGCUUGAGGAGUGCUCAAAGAGAGCCAACAAUGGGAAGUUUACGCUGAGGGACCUGCUGGUUGUCCCCAUGCAGAGAGUCCUCAAGUACCACCUGCUUCUUCAGGAACUAGUCAAACACACCCACGAUGCCGCUGACAAGAGCAACUUGAAGAUUGCUCUUGAUGCCAUGAAAGACCUUGCUCAGUUUGUUAACGAGGUGAAGAGAGAUAAUGAGACACUGAGGGAGAUCGACCAGUACCAGAGGUCCAUUGAAAACCUGAAUCAGCCUCUUAUCAGCUACGGUCGGCCAAAAGGUGACGGAGAGGUGCGCAUGGUCUCCAGUGUUGACAAGAGGAAACAGGACAGACACAUAUUUCUUUUUGAUGUGGCUGUCAUUGUUUGCAAGAGAAGAGGAGACAACUAUGAGAUGAAGGACAUACUUGACCUCAACAACUUCAAGAUCACAAACAACCCCACCACCGACAGGGAGGGUAAAAAGUGGUGCUGCGGGUUUUACGUGACUCACCAGCAGGGGCAUGCAGGCUUUGAGCUCUUUUUUAAGACCAGGGAACUGAAGAAGAAGUGGCUGGAACAGUUUGAAAUGGCCAUAUCCAAUAUUCGACCGGAUAAAGCGAACCACAACACCCACCAGUUCAAAAUGCACACCUUUGAAAGGAUCACUUCCUGUAGUUUCUGCCACCUCUUGCUCAGGGGCAUCUUUAACCAAGGUUACCAGUGUGUGAAAUGUAAGCUGGGAGCCCAUAAGGAGUGUCUGGGUCGACUGGGAAUCUGUGGGAAAACAGAUCCUGCCAAGCCGAAACCCAAGGAAAACACCACACCACCAGACCCAGGUUUACCCAGGAUGUUGGUGAUCAGAGACUACAGUGGCAUCCCCGUUCCACAGUGCGGGCCCCCACUUGGCAUUCAUGCGGGGGAUGUCAUUGAACUGAUGUUUGCCGAUGUGCACAGCUCCUGGUGGCAGGGAAAAAUUCUGGCAACAAGCAAGAUUGGCUUCUUCCCAAGUGACGCUGUGAGGCCGUGCCCGUGUGUUCCCAAACCCGUCGAUUACUCUUCACAGCUCUGGUUUGCAGGUCCUUUUGAGAGAUACCAGGCUGAGGUGGAGCUGCUGGACCGGGACAACGGCACGUAUCUGGUUCGACACAGGAGUAAAGAGUGCACUGAAUACGCCAUUAGUAUAAAGUUCAACGAUAAAGUCAAGCACAUUAAGAUUCUGACCAAGGACGGCUGCUUUUACAUCGCUGAGAGUCAGCUGUUCAAGACUGUGCUGGACUUGGUGGAAUACUACAGGCGGCAUUCAUUAAAGGAGGGUUUCAGCAGUCUCGACACCAAUCUGCAGGUCCCAUUCAGGGAACUGUCCAAUGGAAGCCUGCCCAAGGCCAUUACCAGAGCUGGCAGUGACCCUCACUUGCUCCGUUUCUCUGUAGUUCCUCUUGGCGGCUGCAGCUUUGUUCCUCCCUCCUCCUCGCCUUUCUGGUCAGUGUUUUCUCCCAGGGUGGUGGGCGUCGCAGUGGCACGUUAUGACUUCUGCUCCAGAGACACUCGGGAGCUCUCCUUGCUGCAGGGAGACAUUAUCAAGAUCUACACCAAGAUGUCCAACGGGUGGUGGAAGGGAGAGAUCGACGGCCGGAUGGGCUGGUUCCCUUCGACCUACGUGGAGGAAGAGGACUGAUUUUGUGCCGUCACGAGUGCCGUCAGCGUCCGUUUAGCGGCGAGUGCCGUGCUCCUCAGACACUCGGCGGGCCCUGCAAGUCAGAUCUCUGUGAUGAAAGUGUUAGACUAAAGAGGAAGCGGAGAUGCGCUCAAAGACCUUCUCCUGCCCUCUGACAGACUCUCACACAGAGCAGAUGUCCAAUCACAGAUUCCAGGAGCGUCGGGCCAUAUCUUGCCUCUCUGUGGUCCCCGUCUGCCCCCCCCCCUCCACACACACACUCCCUGCGGCCCCAUGGGAAGCGCGUGUGCUGUAGCCAGAUAACCCUUCACCCACUCUUUCAGCUCACCUUGUCUCAUUAUUGAUGACUCCAUUGGCUGGUGUGAGACUCGCCUUCGCUGCCAUUGCGUUUCAAUACCAGGGCGACUCAGUCGCACGACUGGAACACGGAUCCUGCUGACAGCGCAGCGUCCAGGUACCUCGCCUAAUUGAAGUGCAGCAGCCGAGGAGCUUGGACUGUUGUCGGAACAUGGCCGCCGCACAGAUUUUUGUACUAGUUUUGUACUCAGCGUUCUGUCAAAGACUUUUAACAGUUGAAAUCACUGGACUGACAAUAAACGGUGGUAUUUGUGAUAUGUGAUAUUUAAAUGCAAUCGCUAAAAAGAUUCAACACUGUUUGAAAAGAAGGAAGGAACGGUUUGGUUAUAGAGCGAGACAUCUUGGGACAAAGUAGUUGUGGCUGAAUGUUGUUUAAAGUGUAAAUCCAUCACUGAUAAAGAUUUUAUUCCUAUUGUGUAAGA